UCUAUCUCUGUAUAUUCCAGGUAGAGGUGGAAUAUGAUUCUAUAAUGUGUUUGUAUAUUCCAGGUAGAGGUGGAAUAUGAUUCUAUAAUGUGUCUGUAUAUUCCAGGUAGAGGUGGAAUAUGAUUCUAUAAUGUGUCUGUAUAUUCCAGGUAGAGGUGGAAUAUGAUUAUAUAAUGUGUCUGUAUAUUCCAGGUAGAGGUGGAAUAUGAUUCUAUAAUGUGUCUGUAUAUUCCAGGUAGAGAUGGAAUAUGAUUCUAUAAUGUGUCUGUAAAUUCCAGGUAGAGGUGGAAUAUGAUUCUAUAAUGUGUCUGUAUAUUCCAGGUAGAGGUGGAAUAUGAUUCUAUAAUGUGUCUGUAUAUUCCAGGUAGAGGUGGAAUAUGAUUCUAUAAUGUGUCUGUAUAUUCCAGGUAGAGGUGGAGGUGUACAGGAGAGACUCUAAGAAGCUUCCAGGUCUAGGAGAACCUGACAUCGACUGGGAGGAGAGUGUUUACCUGAAUCUGAUCUUAAUGAAGGUUGGUAUGACACCAUGCACAUUCCCAGUACUAACCAGGCCCGGCCCUGAACAGGCUGUCUCCAUCCCAGUACUAACCAGGCCCUGAACAGGCUGUCUCCAUCCCAGUACUAACCAGGCCCUGAACAGGCUGUCUCCAUCCCAGCACUAACCAGGCCCGACCCUGAACAGGCUGUCUCCAUCCCAGCACUAACCAGGCCCUGAACAGGCUGUCUCCAUCCCAGUACUAACCAGGCCCGGCCCUGAACAGGCUGUCUCCAUCCCAGCACUAACCAGGCCCGACCCUGAACAGGCUGUCUCCCAUCCCAGCACUAACCAGGCCCGACCCUGAACAGGCUGUCUCCAUCCCAGCACUAACCAGGCCCGACCCUGAACAGGCUGUCUCCAUCCCAGCACUAACCAGGCCCGACCCUGAACAGGCUGUCUCCAUCCCAGUACUAACCAGGCCCUGAACAGGCUGUCUCCAUCCCAGCACUAACCAGGCCCUGAACAGGCUGUCUCCAUCCCAGCACUAACCAGGCCCUGAACAGGCUGUCUCCAUCCCAGCACUAACCAGGCCCGACCCUGAACAGGCUGUCUCCAUCCCAGUACUAACCAGGCCCUGAACAGGCUGUCUCCAUCCCAGUACUAACCAGGCCCUGAACAGGCUGUCUCCAUCCCAGUACUAACCAGGCCCUGAACAGGCUGUCUCCAUCCCAGUACUAACCAGGCCCGACCCUGAACAGGCUGUCUCCAUCCCAGUACUAACCAGGCCCGACCCUGAACAGGCUGUCUCCCAUCCCAGCACUAACCAGGCCCUGAACAGGCUGUCUCCAUCCCAAUACUAACCAGGCCCUGAACAGGCUGUCUCCAUCCCAGUACUAACCAGGCCCGACCCUGAACAGGCUGUCUCCAUCCCAGCACUAACCAGGCCCGACCCUGAACAGGCUGUCUCCAUCCCAGUACUAACCAGGCCCUGAACAGGCUGUCUCCAUCCCAGCACUAACCAGGCCCUGAACAGGCUGUCUCCCAUCCCAGCACUAACCAGGCCCGACCCUGAACAGGCUGUCUCCCAUCCCAGUACUAACCAGGCCCGACCCUGAACAGGCAGUCUCCAUCCCAGCACUAACCAGGCCCUGAACAGGCUGUCUCCCAUCCCAGCACUAACCAGGCCCUGAACAGGCUGUCUCCAUCCCAGUACUAACCAGGCCCUGAACAGGCUGUCUCCAUCCCAGUACUAACCAGGCCCUGAACAGGCUGUCUCCCAUCCCAGUACUAACCAGGCCCGACCCUGAACAGGCUGUCUCCCAUCCCAGCACUAACCAGGCCCUGAACAGGCUGUCUCCAUCCCAGUACUAACCAGGCCCUGAACAGGCUGUCUCCCAUCCCAGUACUAACCAGGCCCGACCCUGAACAGGCUGUCUCCCAUCCCAGCACUAACCAGGCCCUGAACAGGCUGUCUCCCAUCCCAGCACUAACCAGGCCCUGAACAGGCUGUCUCCAUCCCAGUACUAACCAGGCCCUGAACAGGCUGUCUCCCAUCCCAGUACUAACCAGGCCCUGAACAGGCUGUCUCCCAUCCCAGUACUAACCAGGCCCGACCCUGAACAGGCUGUCUCCCAUCCCAGUACUAACCAGGCCCGACCCUGAACAGGCUGUCUCCAUCCCAGUACUAACCAGGCCCUGAACAGGCUGUCUCCAUCCCAGUACUAACCAGGCCCGACCCUGAACAGGCUGUCUCCCAUCCCAGUACUAACCAGGCCCUGAACAGGCUGUCUCCAUCCCAGUACUAACCAGGCCCUGAACAGGCUGUCUCCAUCCCAGUACUAACCAGGCCCGACCCUGAACAGGCUGUCUCCAUCCCAGCACUAACCAGGCCCUGAACAGGCUGUCUCCAUCCCAGUACUAACCAGGCCCUGAACAGGCUGUCUCCAUCCCAGCACUAACCAGGCCCGACCCUGAACAGGCUGUCUCCAUCCCAGCACUAACCAGGCCCUGAACAGACUGUCUCCAUCCCAGUACUAACCAGGCCCUGAACAGGCUGUCUCCAUCCCAGCACUAACCAGGCCCUGAACAGGCUGUCUCCAUCCCAGCACUAACCAGGCCCGACCCUGAACAGGCUGUCUCCAUCCCAGUACUAACCAGGCCCUGAACAGGCUGUCUCCAUCCCAGUACUAACCAGGCCCUGAACAGGCUGUCUCCAUCCCAGUACUAACCAGGCCCUGAACAGGCUGUCUCCAUCCCAGUACUAACCAGGCCCGACCCUGAACAGGCUGUCUCCAUCCCAGUACUAACCAGGCCCGACCCUGAACAGGCUGUCUCCCAUCCCAGCACUAACCAGGCCCUGAACAGGCUGUCUCCAUCCCAAUACUAACCAGGCCCUGAACAGGCUGUCUCCAUCCCAGUACUAACCAGGCCCGACCCUGAACAGGCUGUCUCCAUCCCAGCACUAACCAGGCCCGACCCUGAACAGGCUGUCUCCAUCCCAGUACUAACCAGGCCCUGAACAGGCUGUCUCCAUCCCAGCACUAACCAGGCCCUGAACAGGCUGUCUCCCAUCCCAGCACUAACCAGGCCCGACCCUGAACAGGCUGUCUCCCAUCCCAGUACUAACCAGGCCCGACCCUGAACAGGCAGUCUCCAUCCCAGCACUAACCAGGCCCUGAACAGGCUGUCUCCCAUCCCAGCACUAACCAGGCCCUGAACAGGCUGUCUCCAUCCCAGUACUAACCAGGCCCUGAACAGGCUGUCUCCAUCCCAGUACUAACCAGGCCCUGAACAGGCUGUCUCCCAUCCCAGUACUAACCAGGCCCGACCCUGAACAGGCUGUCUCCCAUCCCAGCACUAACCAGGCCCUGAACAGGCUGUCUCCAUCCCAGUACUAACCAGGCCUGAACAGGCUGUCUCCCAUCCCAGUACUAACCAGGCCCGACCCUGAACAGGCUGUCUCCCAUCCCAGCACUAACCAGGCCCUGAACAGGCUGUCUCCCAUCCCAGCACUAACCAGGCCCUGAACAGGCUGUCUCCAUCCCAGUACUAACCAGGCCUGAACAGGCUGUCUCCCAUCCCAGUACUAACCAGGCCCUGAACAGGCUGUCUCCCAUCCCAGUACUAACCAGGCCCGACCCUGAACAGGCUGUCUCCCCAUCCCAGUACUAACCAGGCCCGACCCUGAACAGGCUGUCUCCAUCCCAGUACUAACCAGGCCCUGAACAGGCUGUCUCCAUCCCAGUACUAACCAGGCCGACCCUGAACAGGCUGUCUCCCAUCCCAGUACUAACCAGGCCCUGAACAGGCUGUCUCCAUCCCAGUACUAACCAGGCCCUGAACAGGCUGUCUCCAUCCCAGUACUAACCAGGCCCGACCCUGAACAGGCUGUCUCCAUCCCAGCACUAACCAGGCCCUGAACAGGCUGUCUCCAUCCCAGUACUAACCAGGCCCUGAACAGGCUGUCUCCAUCCCAGCACUAACCAGGCCCGACCCUGAACAGGCUGUCUCCAUCCCAGCACUAACCAGGCCCUGAACAGGCUGUCUCCAUCCCAGUACUAACCAGGCCCUGAACAGGCUGUCUCCAUCCCAGUAUAACCAGGCCUGAACAGGCUGUCUCCAUCCCAGCACUAACCAGGCCCGACCCUGAACAGGCUGUCUCCAUCCCAGUACUAACCAGGCCCUGAACAGGCUGUCUCCCAUCCCAGCACUAACCAGGCCCUGAACAGGCUGUCUCCAUCCCAGUACUAACCAGGCCCUGAACAGGCUGUCUCCAUCCCAGUACUAACCAGGCCUGAACAGGCUGUCUCCAUCCCAGUACUAACCAGGCCCUGAACAGGCUUUUCUCCAUCCCAGCACUAACCAGGCCCUGAACAGGCUGUCUCCAUCCGAGUACUAACCAGCCCUGACAACAGGCUGUCUCCAUCCCAGUAUAACCAGGCCCUGAACAGCUGUCUCCAUCCCAGAUAACCGGGCCCUGAACAGGCUGUCUCCAUCCCAGCACAAACCCAGGCCCUGAACACGGCGUCUCCAUCCAGUACUAACCAGGCCUGAACAGGCUUUUCCAUCCCAGCACUAACCAGGCCUGAACAGGCUGUCUCCAUCCCAGACAAACCAGGCCUGAACAGGCUGUCUCCACCCCAGUUAACAGGCCCUGAACAGGCUGUUUUCAUCCCAGUACUAACCAGGCCUGAACGGCUGUCUCCAUCCAGGACUAACCGCCCUGUAACAGGCUGCUCCAUCCAGUCAACCGAGGCCCACCCUGAACAGGCUGUCUCCAUCCCAGUACUAACCAGCCUGAACGGCUGUCUCCAUCCCAGUAUAACCAGGCCCUGAACAGGCUGUCUCCAUCCCAGCACUAACCAGGCCCGACCAUGAACAGGCUGUCUCCAUCCCAGUACUAACCAGGCCCUGAACAGGCUGCUCCAUCCCAGCACUACCAGGCGACCUGAACAGCGUCUCCUCCCACACUAACAGCCCGACCCUGAACACUGUCCCAUCCAGCCUACCAGGCCGCGACCCUAAACAGGCUGUCUCAUCCCGUACUACCCAGGCCCUGAAAGGCUGUCUCCAUCCCAGUACUAACAGGCCCUGAACAGGCGGGUCUCACAUCCCAGACUAACCAGGACCCGAACAGCUGUCUCCAUCCCAGUACAACCAGGCCCACCUGAACAGGCUGUCCCAUCCCAGUACAACACAGACCCGAAAGUGUCAUCCAUCCCAGUACUACCAGGGCCGCCCUGACAGGCUGUCUCCAUCCCAGUACUACCAGGCCCGACCCGACAGGCUGUCUCCAUCCAGUACUAACCAGGCCUGAACAGCUGUCUCCAUCCCAGAGUACUAACCAGGCCCUGAACAGGCGUCUCCAUCCCAGUAACUAACCAGGCCGACCCUGAACAGGCGUCUCCAUCCCAGUACUAACCAGGCCCUGAACAGGCUGUCCCAUCCAGUACUACCAGGCCCUGAACAGGCUGUCUCCAUCCCAGUACUAACCAGGCCCGACCCUGAACAGGCUGUCUCCAUCCAGUACUAAGCCAGGCCUGAACGGCAUGUCUCCAUCCCAUACUAACCAGGCCACUAACAGGCUGUCUCCAUCCCAGUACUACACAAGCCCGACCCUGACAGGCUGUCUCCAUCCCAGUACUAACCAGGCCCGAACAGCUGUCUCCACCCAGUACUAACCAGCCCUGAACAGGCUGUCUAUCCAGUACAAACCCAGCCGACCCUGAACAGGCUGUCUCCAUCAUCUAACCAGGCCCUGAACAGGCUGUCCAUCAGUACUAACAGCACCCCUGAACAGUGUCUCCAUCCCAGUAUAACCGGGACCUGAAAGGCUGUCUCCAUCCCAGUAAUAACCAGCGCCUGAAAGGGUUCCAUCCCGUACUAACGGCGACCGGGAAACAGGUGUCUCAAUCCAGUUAACAGGCCCUGAACAGCUGUCUCCAUCCCAGUACUAACCAGGCCCUGACAGGCUGUCCCAUCCCAGUCUAACCAGCCUGAACGGCUGUCUCCUCCAGUACUAACCAGGCCCGACCCUGAACAGCUGUCUCCAUCCAGUACUAACAGCCUGAACAGGCUGUCUCAUCCCAGUUAAAACAGGCCCUGGAACAGGCUGUUCCAUCCCAGGUACUAACCAGGCCGACCCUAACGGGCUGUGUUCCAUCCCAGUACACCAGGCCUGACAGGCUGUCUCAUCCCAGGUACAACCAGGCCCUGAACAGGCUGUCUCCAUCCCAUUACAACCAGGCCCGAGCCUGAACAGCUGUCUCCAUCCAGUACUAACCAGCCCUGACAGCUGUCUCAUCCCAGUAUAACCAGGCCUGGAACAGGCUGUCUCCAUCCCAGACUAACCAGCUGAAAACAGGCUGUCUCCCAUCCCAGUACUAACAGGUGGACCCGACCCUGAACAGGCUGUCUCCAUCCCAGCACUAACCGGCUGAACAGGCUGUCUCCAUCCCACACACAGGCCCUGAACGGUGUCUCCAUCCCAGAGUAACAGGCCUGAACAGUGUCCUCCCAUCCCAGUACUAAACCAGGCCUGAACAGGCUGUCUCCCAUCCCAUGUACUAACCAGGCCAGCUGAACAGGCUGUCUCAUCCCGUACUAACCAGGUCCGACCCUGGAAAGGCUUCUCAUCCAUUUACUAACCGGCCUGACAGGCUGUUCCUCCCAGUAACCAGCCCGUGAACAGUGUCUCCCAUCCCAGUUUUUAACCAGGCCCUGACAGGCUGUCUCCAUCCAGUACUAACAGAGCCACUGAAACGGGCUUCCCAUCAGUAAACCAGGCACGACUGAACAGGCUGUUACCAGCACUAACAUAAAAGGCUGUUAUAGACAACCAGCCCUGACACUUCCCACCAGCACUAACCAGGCCCGACCCUGAACAGGCUGUCUCCAUCCCAGCACUAACCAGGCCCUGAACAGGCUGUCUCCAUCCCAGUACUAACCAGGCCCUGAACAGGCUGUCUCCAUCCCAGUACUAACCAGGCCCUGAACAGGCUGUCUCCAUCCCAGCCUAACCAGGCCCCCUGAACAGGCUGUCUCCAUCCCAGUACUAACCAGGCCCACAGGCUCCAUCCACCUCCGGCCCGAACAGGCUGUCUCCAUCCCAGUACUAACCAGGCCCCCUGAACAGGCUGUCUCCAUCCCAGACUAACCAGGCCCUGAACAGGCUGUCUCCAUCCAGCAACCACCCAAACAGGCCUCCAGAAACCCCCUGAACAGGCUGUCUCCAUCCCCAGUACUAACCAGGCCCUGAACAGGCUGUCUCCAUCCCAUACUAACCAGGCCCUGAACAGGCUGUCUCCAUCCCAGUACUAACCAGGCCCUGAACAGGCUGUCCCCCAUCCCAGCACUAACCAGGCCCUGAACAGGCUGUCUCCAUCCCAGUACUAACCAGGGCCCUGAACAGGCUGUCUCCAUCCCAGCACUAACCAGGGCCCUGAACAGGCUGUCUCCAUCCCAGUACUAACCAGGCCCUGAACAGGCUGUCUCCAUCCCAGUACUAACCAGGCCCUGAACAGGCUGUCUCCAUCCCAGUACUAACCAGGCCCUGAACAGGCUGUCUCCAUCCCAGCACUAACCAGGCCCUGAACAGGCUGUCUCCAUCCCAGUACUAACCAGGCCCGACCCUGAACAGGCUGUCUCCAUCCCAGUACUAACCAGGCCCUGAACAGGCUGUCUCCAUCCCAGUACUAACCAGGCCCUGAACAGGCUGUCUCCAUCCCAGCACUAACCAGGCCCGACCCUGAACAGGCUGUCUCCAUCCCAGUACUAACCAGGCCCUGAACAGGCUGUCUCCAUCCCAGCACUAACCAGGCCCGACCCUGAACAGGCUGUCUCCAUCCCAGCACUAACCAGGCCCGACCCUGAACAGGCUGUCUCCAUCCCAGCACUAACCAGGCCCGACCCUGAACGGCUGUCCUCCAUCCCAGUACUAACCAGGCUAACCAGACCCUGAACAGGCUGUCUCCCAUCCCAGUACUAAACCCAGGCCCUGAACAGGCUGUCUCCAUCCAGACUUCCCGCAACGAACCAGGCCGCUACCCUGAACAGGCUGUCUCCAUCCCAGUAACUAACACAGGCCCGACCCUGAACAGGCUGUCUCCAUCCCAGUGACUAACCAGGCCCGACCCUGACCAGGCUGUCUCCAUCCCAGUACUAACCAGGCCCGACCCUGAAACAGGCUGUCUCCAUCCCCAGUACUAACCAGGCCCGACCCUGAACAGGCUGUCUCCAUCCCAGUACUAACCAGGCCCUGAAAAGGCUGUCUCCAUCCCAGUACUAACAGGCCCUGAACAGGCUGUCUCCAUCCCAGUACUAACCAGGCCCGACCCUGAACAGGCUGUCUCCAUCCCCAGUACUAACCAGGCCCUGAACAGGCUGUCUCCAUCCCAGUACUAACCAGGCCCUGAACAUGCUGUCUCCAUCCCAUUACUAACCAGGCCCGACUGAACGGGCUGUCUCCCAUCCCAGUACUAACCAGGCCCUGAAACAGGCUGUCUCCAUCCCAGUACUAACCAGGCCCGACCUGAACAGGCUGUCUCCAUCCCAGUACUAACCAGGCCCGACCCUGAACAGGCUGUCUCCAUCCCCAGUACUAACCAGGCCCCUGAACAGGCGUCUCCAUCCCAGUACUAACCAGGCCCACCUGAAACAGGCUGUCUCAUUCCCAGUACUAACCAGGCCCGACCCUGAACAGGCUGUCUCCAUCCCAGUACUAACCAGGCCCUGAACAGGCUGUCUCCAUCCCAGUACUAACCAGGCCCUGAACAGGCUGUCUCCAUCCCAGUACUAACCAGGCCCGACCCUGAAACAGGCUGUCUCCAUCCAGUACUAACCAGGCCCCUGAACAGGCUGUCUCCAUCCCAGUACUAACCAGGCCCUGCUGAACAGGCUGUCUCCAUCCCAGUACUAACCAGGCCCGACCCUGAACAGGCUGUCUCCAUCCCAGUACUAACCAGGCCCUGAACAGGCUGUCUCCAUCCCAAAUACUAACCAGGCCCUGAACAGGCUGUCCCCCAUCCCAGUACUAACCAGGCCCGACCCUGAACAGGCUGUUCUCCAUCCCAGUACUAACCAGGCCCUGAACAGGCUGUCUCCAUCCCAGACUAACCAGGCACCCUGAACAGGCUGUCUCCAUCCAGUAUUAACCAGGCCGACCCUGAACAGGCGUCUCCAUCCAUUUACUAACCAGGCCUGACAGGCUGUCUCAUCCAGUACUAACCAGGCCCUGACGGCGUCCCCAUCCCAGUAUAACCAUGGCCGACUGAACAGGCUGUCUCCAUCCCGUUACUUACCAGGCCCGAACAGCGUCUCCAUCCAGUACUAACCAGGCCCUGAACAGGCUGUCUCCAUCCCAGUACUAACCAGGCCCGACCUAGCCUAUGUAAAUCUACAAUCCCCCAUAGUGCAACAGUUGACCUGUUCUAUUCUGUGAGAUAAAUAAAUAUUCCAAACAUAUUCUGGGACAGUUGUGGGAUGUGAUAGAUCCCAAAUUAAUACAACCACCAAAAACCUUUUAAAAGCAAUGAGGCUGACGCAACAGAUCAGAACGUUUAGCUUAAAAUGUUAAUAAACUAUUUGGCAAUUUUUUCACAUUAUAAGCGCAGCAAUGUGCACACGGCAGUAGGCUAUAAGCACGAAUGUUCCAAAAUGCAAUCAAUUAGUGGGAAAACACCGUUCUCAAAAGUGACUGCAAGUGCGAUUAUGCAUGUAAUGCUUUAUUAUAAAGGUGCAUUUUUAUUGUGAAAAAUGAUCUUCCCAUAAACUUGAAACUCACGUGCCACCUAUGUAUGCCAGUUAGUCUCUACACCGGUUGUAAAGCGGAUUAAUGUGCCACUUUAGUUGUGAUACAAACCUUAUCAAAACCUAUAGGCCUAUGGGCUAGGCUACAUGAGGUGUAUGGUUUGAAAAAGUCGCAAAAAACAGGCAUUCUUGUCUCUUGCACACAAGCUGGGCAUCAUUCACAAGUGAUAAUACAUCAUUCACAAGCGAUAAUACAUCAUUCACAAGCGAUAAUACAUCAUUCACAAGCGAUAAUACAUCAUUCACAAGCGAUAAUACAUCAUUCACAAGCAAUAAUACAUCAUUCACAAGCGAUAAUACAUCAUUCACAAGCGAUAAUACAUCAUUCACAAGCAAUAAUACAUCACUCACAAGCGAUGGCCUAAUAUUGUCACCCAUCACACUACUCAUUUUUUUGGUGUGUAUUUGACACCCCAUCUUGUCUCAUCGCUGCAACUCCCCAACGGGCUCGGGGAGAGGCGAAGGUCGAGUCAUGCGUCCUCCGAAACAUGACCCGGCUAACCGCGCUCCUUAACACCCGCCAGCUUAACCCGGAAGCCAGCCGCACCAAUGUGUCGGAGGAAACACCGUUCAACUGGCAACCGUGGUCAGCCUGCAGGCACCCGGCCCGCCACAAGGAGUCGCUAGGGCACGAUGAGCCAAGUAAGGCCCCCCCCGGCCAAACCCUCCCCUAAACCAGACGACGCUGGGCCAAUUGUGCGCCGUCCUGUGGGACUCCCGUCCACGGCCAGUUGUGGCACAGCCUGGGAAUGAACCCAGGUCUGUAGUGACGUCUCUACUGCGAUGUAGUGCCUUAGACCGCUGCAGCACUCAGGAGGCCCUCCAUCACACUAUUCUUCAGUUAAUCUUUGCAUAUACUAAAUAAUAUGUGUGAAAUUUGUUUUGAUUUAGAAUGGACCAUUAUCAUGCGGGGGGGGGGGGGUACAUAGCAAAUGGAGGCACUUUUCCUGUGGUUCAUUUUCAUGCCAGCCAGGUAGGCUAUACUCCUGUUGUAAAGAGAAGCAAUGUGCUUAAUAUUAGGAAAGUUGAGAAAUAAAUAUAGUAGGCCUAGCCUAUAGAAAGCUGAUGGGAUCCUCCUCUUUUUAUUAGAGGCCAUCACUCUGUUUUCUCCCGCAACUGCAUAGCCUAUAGAAAUGUUGCGCAGUAUGAGCUCAUGGGCUCUCAUGAAGUGUUCGAUUAGAUUUUCGAUGACCUUUGCAUUGAUGUCUGAGUGAUUAGAGGGACAGUAGAGUGCUGAUUACCAGGCAGUUAGCAGGUUUGGUAGGCUACUAAUGACCAGCAGCAGCAUCAGAGCUUGGAGAAGCCAACUGUAGUUACCUUGGAAUUUAACUGUGGUCAUGACUUGGGAACUCCGGUGUGGCGGUAAUAUGGUUAACCGUAACAUCCCUACCCUUGGCUCAUCUCUGCAGCUCUUCAAUGGGCUCGGGUGAGGUCGAAGGUCGAGUCAUGCGUCCUCUGAAACAUAAUAAUAAUAAUAAUAUGCCAUUUAGCAGACGCUUUUAUCCAAAGCGACUUACAGUCAUGCGUGCAUACAUUUUUGUGUAUGGGUGGUCCCGGGGAUCGAACCCACUACCCUGGCGUUACAAGCGCCGUGCUCUACCAGCUGAGCUACAGAGGACCAAACAUGACCCGCCUGGCUGCCUACCUCUUAUCACACUGCUCGCUUGACCCGGAUGUGUCAGAGGAAACACCGUUCAACUGACGACCGGAGUCAGCCUGCAGGCGCCCGGCCCUGCCACAAGGCGUCUCUAGGGCACGAUGAGCCAAGGAACGCCCCCCCGGCCAAACCCUCCCCUACCCCGGACGGCGCUAGGCCAAUUGUGCGCCGUCCUAUGGGGCUCCCGGUCACGGCCGGCUGUGACACCGCCUGGGUUCGACCCCCAGGCUGUAAUGGCGCCUCAACACUGCGGUGCAGUGCUUUUGACCACUGCGCCGCCCAGGACUCAGGACACCAUGCACAUUUUGACAGCAAAUCUUAGACUACAAGACCACAUAUACUUUGUGUGCUGUAAACUAUAUGUUUUGACUUCACAUCUCCCCUUUAUUCAAUGUGUGUCCAAUUGAGUUCAGAAUAGGGUUGCAAAAUUUCCCAGAAAACCCUAGUUCAGAAUAUGGUUGAAUGAAACCAAAUUCAUGACCUCUGUUUUUUCUCUCAGCUGGACUAUGUGGUGACCUGUGCCGUCUGCACACGCUCAGAUGCAGGAGACAUCCACAUCCACAGGAAGAAGUCUCAGGUAAGAGACAGGACUCUGCAGACUAGAUGGUCCCAAAGGAAUACAAUUACUAAUGUAGCUAUGGAUAGAUAGGCCUCCAUAGAACCUGACCCAGGAACUCUCUCUCUCUGUCUCUCUCCCUCUCUCUCCCCCCCGUCUCUCCUGUCUCUCUCCCCUCCCCUCGCUCUGUCUGUCCUCUCUGUCUCUCUCCCCCUCUCUCUGUCUCUCUCCCCCCUCUCUGUCCUCUUCUCCUCUUUCUCUCUCCCCCUCCCCUGUCUCUCUCUCUUCGUUCUUCCUCUCUCUCUCUGUCUCUCUCUUCUUCUCUCUUGUCUCUGCCCCUCUCUUUCUCUCUCUGUCUCUCUUCGUCUCUCUCUAUUCUUCUCUGUCUCUCUCUCUCUCUCUCUCUCUCCUCUCUCCCUCUCUCUCUCUCUUCUCUCUGUCUCUCUCUCUCUCUCUCUUCCCUCUCUCUCUCUCUCUCUCCUUCUCUCUCCUCUCUCUCUCUCUCUCUCUCUCUUCUCUUUUUCUUCUCCCUCUCUCUGCUUCUCUCCCCUCUCCUUCUUCCGCUCUUCCUUCUCUCUCUCUCCUCCUCUCUCUCUCUCGUCUCUCUCUCUCUGUCUCUCUCCUCUAUCCCUCUCUCUCUCUCUCCCUCUCUCUCUCUCUUCUCUCUCUCUCUCUUCUCUCUACUCUCUAUCCGGUCUCUCAUCUCUUGUCUCUAUUCUCCUAUCUCUCUCUCUCUACCUCUCUUCUCUCUCUCCUCUCUCUCUCUCUCUCUCCACAGCAAGUGUAUGCGUCUCCAAGUAAACACGCCAUGGACAGUAAAGGAGAGGAGUCUAAGAUGAGCUACCCCAACAUCUUCUUUAUGAUUGACAACUUUGAGGAGGUAACCACAACAACCACCCUUAUCCCCCCUCCCUGCCCAAUAAGGCGCCUGACAGGUUGUGAUUGACAGGCGGGGCAUCCAGUAGGACCCCUGAGGAAUGGGCUGUGUAUUGAAGUGUGACCUGGGGUGUAUUCAUUAGUCGGAUUCUGUUGCAACUGGAAACCGUUUACUCCAAAUGGAAAACGUUUAGCAAUGAAAAUGAGAGUUUCUAUUGGUCCCUCCCCGUUUCAUUCCAUUUGCUCUGUUUGCUUCCGUUGGUUCCUAGAGUCAGUGGCGAUUUUAGCAAAUAUUGGUGGGGAAAACAAACAAAUAAAAAUGUUGGGGAUGCAGCCAGCAAAGCCACUACACUAAACAAUACAUUAAUUGCACUAUAACGGUGACAAACGGUGCCCACAACCUGUUAGGGCCUAAUUAAAGCUGUCCCAACAGCAGAGUCCCAACAGCAGAGUCCCAGCAGCAGAGUCCCGACAGCAGAGUCCCAGCAGCAGAGUCCCAACAGCAGAGUCCCGACAGCAGAGUCCCGACAGCAGAGUCCCGACAGCAGAGUCCCAACAGCAGAGUCCCAACAGCAGAGUCCCAACAGCAGAGUCCCGACAGCAGAGUCCCAGCAGCAGAGUCCCAACAGCAGAGUCCCAGCAGCAGAGUCCCAACAGCAGAGUCCCAACAGCAGAGUCCCAACAGCAGAGUCCCAACACCUUACCACUGCUACACCUGGCUAUCAGAGGAGCCUUGUCUGGCAGCGAAACAGUUCAUUCAGCCUCAUUUACUGCCUUUUAAAAGAAACAUAGCUGAUAUGGCUGACUUGCUUAAACAAAUGUGGUUUCUACUGACAAUUGAGAUGUACAAACUAUGGCAUAAGGGGACGACGAGCGGAUAAGAGGCAAUCCGUAAUUUUGAUUAAGAUAUUAAUGAGCGAGCUAGGACGGACGUAGUCAAUAUAACUAUUUGUUCAGCACUUUUGAAAUGUACAGCGACAGAAUUCAGAACAUGGGCCGUCCUUACAGUGUUCUCCCUGUACACCAAGUCAGAACCGUAGGAUAAAUAAAGGGGGCAUAUAAGCAGACAAUGAAAGCUCUUACAAUAUUCGAUGAUGACAUUUCUCUAAAACAGGCUAUAGGCUACAUGUGCACCACCAAGUCAGAACAGUAGGCUAAGUUAUGAGGGGGAAAGGGACCAAAUUAUUAGGGUGAGGCACAUGGGCUACUAACAGCUUACUACACAACAUACACUUAGUAUUACUUUCUUAGCUACAGUAUACAUAUCUCCCUGGCAUAUUACAUCAUUUAUGCAGCAGCCUACAAGACAUUUUUGGACUCACCUUGUUGUGCUGUGCUCACUUGAACAGGAAGGUGGCGCGGCGGUCCUUCGUGGCCAAAUUUUGUCAUCAAACUUUGUCAUCAAAGUCUGCCAUUCUCUGAGUAUAUGGUGCUUUCAAGACAACUGGGAACUCUGAAAAAACAAGGUUGAAUCGUGACGUGAUGACGUCAGUGAUCUUCAGGUCGGAGCUCUAGAAAGAGGGCCUGAGUUCCCGACAAUUAGAAUUCCGAGUCGGAUGACGGUUCAAAACUUAUUUUCCCAGUCGGAGCUCGUUUUUUCCCCGAGUUCCCAGUUGUCUUGAACUCACUGAAGUCAGAUUUCCCAGUUCCGAGUUAACAGUUGUUUUGAGCACGGCAGAAAUCAUGCUGGAUUGAAUUCCAACGGGGGGCCAGUAUGAAAAAUGUAUGCACUCACUAACUGUAUGUCGCUCUGGAUAAGAGUGUCUGCUAAAAUGACUAAAAAAUUUAAAAUAAAUUGACAGUUUUUUAAUUUAAGCUUGGAAAAGACACCCUUAAACCCAGACUUGGACCCCACACCCACUCCACUGAAUAGCAGGCUAGUGAUUGCUUUGCAACGCUUGCAGUUAGCCACUGAUUCCUUCCAAACCACUCAUUGUUGAAUUUGCGAUUUCCAACUUUGUUGUGUAAUGUUUAUGUCCAAUGGCCGAUGAGCACCGAUACUUUUUAUCUGUCAUUUCUCUUCAUUAUUUCUCUUCAAAUGACAGUCAUCAUCAUGAAUCAAGUCGACAAUCUACUGGCAAAUCCUUUUUAAUCCUUGCUAGCUACGAUUUUGAAAAGUAUGAUGCUGACAUGAUCAGUCCAAUCAAAGCUACUGUAGAUAUAACGUGAUUUGACGUCAUUUUAUCUGUGGCCAAUGACCUUGAGCCUUCUUGGAUGGGCACUUCUAAUGCAACUCUAUGGCAGCACCUAAGGGGCUUGAAUGUUCGAGCUCUACCCUUAGAUUUUGCGGUGACGUAGUGUCCCCAUGAGUGACAGAACAUUGAGCCAAUCACGGCGUAACUAGAGAACAUUACCAACCCCUACGCUCCGUAUGUUCCGCUGGCUGCCCCACCACCACAGAAAGCACUGAGCCAGGCUGAAACACCUGCAUUUUGGAGCUGCUUUACUCCAGAAAGCAAAAAAAGAGACAAUGUUUGUAUGCGGCUUUUAUUAACUCAAUUAAUUUUAAUUUGACAUUGUUUGAUAUGUUUGAUAUGUGACACGUAUUAAUACCAAAAUAACAUGCAAAAACAGGCUCUGCCCCACCUGCCCUGAAUGACGGGUCGCCACUGCCCAGAGUAAACGGUUUCCGUUGCAAAAACGUUUUGCAACAGACCAGACGCAACGGCAUUCUGACUAAUGAAUACACCCCUGAUGCUGUCAGUCCAUUUUAAAAGCCACUACUCCAGUCACUGAUUCUAGUGCAUCAACCUCAUGGCAUGUGGUCCUCUGUAGCUCAGCUGGUAGAGCACGGCGCUUGAAAUGUAUAUUAUAAUUAUAAAUGGAUAGAUUAUGGCAGACCGGGUCAGUUACAAAUGGCUUUUUCCUCCCUCUCUCCCUCCCUCCCUCCCUCUCUCUCUCUCUCCCUCCCUCCCUCCCUCCCUCCCUCCUGGAUAUCAAUGACUUUCUUUCUAGGUAUUUCCAGUAAAGAAUAAAACAGUAAUGGUUUAACCCGUCUUCCAGUUACCGGUAUCAGCUCUCUCAGUUCUUUCAUUGGCAAUAAUAAAAUGUUGCCCAUAUUCUUGAAGAAUGUUAAACUCACUGGUUUGAGACUUACAGAAUUGACCAAAGCCACUAAAUAUCGCUGCUAAUUAAAUAUCUAUAUUAAAAAUACUGUGAUUGAAGAAAAAUAGUUCAGAGAUUAAAUUAGUUUAAAAAGACAUGUUAAUUACCAUUUCUACACGCUUUCUACCUGGUUUAAGCCGUUUAAGUUCAGACUGGAGUAUUUUUUUCAUAAAACAAAUACACAUAUAUAUAUUAUUUACUCAGACACCCGCAACCCAUAAGAGACACGCACACACACACACACACACACACACGCACACGCACACGCACACGCACACACACACACAUUAGACACACACACACACACACGUUAGACACACAUUAGGGUCGUGACCCACCAGUUGAGAAUCGCUCUUCUAACGUGUGUGUGUGUGUGUGUGUGUGUGUGCGUGCGUGCGUGUGCGUGUCUCUCUCUGUCUGUGUAGGUGUUCUGUGACAUGACGGUAGGAGAGGGGGAGAUGGUGUGUGUGGAGUUGGUAGCCAGCGAUAAGAGCAACCUGUUCCAAGGAGUCAUCUUCCAAGGCUCCAUCCGCUAUGAGGCUCUGAAGAAGGUCUACGACAACAGAGUAAGGAUCCAUAACCUUCCUCUAUAGACGUAUAUCUGGAGUUCCUCUCUGGAGAAUAUAUAGUCUGUGGAAAUGUGAAAUCAGCCUCAAGCUGUGAGAAACGUUACUGCUUGAAUUACAUAAAGACGACACACCUUGGAAAGAAGGGAACUGGUUAUGUUUGUCUUGAUGAAAUGUAGUUUACGGACAUUACUAAAAUAAAAAAUAAAAAACAGGACAUUGUAGUUUACCGAAAUUUCUAAGGGAAAAACCGAGGACACAUAGAUGGUUAAAUACAGUUGAAGUCGGAAGUUUACAUGAACUUAGGUUGGAGUCAUUAAAACUCGUUUUUUCAACCACUCCACAAAUUUCUUGUUAACAAACUAUAGUUUUGGCAAGUCGGUUAGGACAUCUACUUUGUGCAUGACACAAGUAAUUUUUCCAACAAUUGUUUACAGACAGAUUAUUUCACUUAUAAUUCACUGUAUCACAAUUCCAGUGGGUCAGAAGUUUACAUACACUAAGUUGACUGUGCCUUUAAACAGCUUGGAAAAUUCCAGAAAAAGAUGUCAUGGCUUUAGAAGCUUCUGAUAGGCUAAUUGACAUCAUUUGAGUCAAUUAGAGGUAUACCUGUGGAUGUAUUUCAAGGCCUACCUUCAAACUCAGUGCCUCUUUGCUUGACAUCAUGGGAAAAUCAAAAGAAAUCAGCCAAGACCUCAGAAAAAGAAUUGUAGACCUCCACAAGUCUGGUUAAUCUUUGGGAGCAAUUUCCAAACGCCUGAAGGUACCACGUUCAUCUGUACAAACAAUAGCACGCAAGUAUAAACACCAUGGGACCACGCAGCCGUCAUACCGCUCAGGAAGGAGACGCGUUCUGUCUACUAGAGAUUAACGUACUUUGGUGCGAAAAGUGCAAAUCAAUCCCAGAACAACAGCAAAGGACCUUGUGAAGAUGCUGGAGGAAACAGGUACAAAAGUAUCUAUAUCCACAGUAAAACAAGUCCUAUAUCGACAUAACCUGAAAGGCCUCUCAGCAAGGAAGAAGCCACUGCUCCAAAACCGCCAUAAAAAAGCCAGACUACGGUUUGCAACUGCACAUGGGGACAAAGAUCAUACUUUUUGGAGAAAUGUCCUCUGGUCUGAAAUAGAACUGUUUGGCCAUAAUGACCAUCGUUAUGUUUGGAGGAAAAAGGAAGUUGCUUGCAAGCCGAAGAACACCAUCCCAACCGUGAAGCACGGGGGUGGCAGCAUCAUGCUGUGGGGGUGCUUUGCUGCAGGAGUGAAUGGUGCACUUCACAAAAUAGAUGGCAUCAUGAGGAAGGAAAAUUAUGUGGAUAUAUUGAAGCAACAUCUCAAGACAUCAGUCAGGAAGUUAAAGCUUGGUCGCAAAUGGUUCUUCCAAAUGGACAACGACCCCAAGCAUACUUCCAAAGUUGUGGCAUAAUGGCUUAAGGACAACAAAGUCAAGGUAUUGGAGUGGCCAUCACAAAGCCCUGACCUCAAUCCUAUAGAAAAUGUGUGGGCAGAACUGAAAAAGCGUGUGCGAGCAAGGAGGCCUACAAACCUGACUCAGUUACACCAGCUCUGUCAGGAGGAAUGGGCCAAAAUUCACCCAACUUAUUGUGGGAAGCUUGUGGAAGGCUACCCGAAACGUUUGACCCAAGUUAAACAAUUUAAAGGCAAUGCUACCAAAUACUAAUUGAGCGUAUGUAAACUUCUGACCCACUGGGAAUGUGAUGAAAGAAAUGAAAGCUGAAAUAAAUCAUUCUCUCUACUAUUAUUCUGACAUUUCACAUUCUUAAAAUAAAGUGGUGAUCCUAACUGACCUAAGACAGGGAAUUUUUACUAGGAUUAUAUGUUAGGAAUUGUGAAAAACUGAGUUUAAAUGUAUUUGGCUAAGCUGUAUGUAAACUUCCGACUUCAACUGUACAUGACAAGAUUGAAAACAAUCCAUAUGAAGUCUUUAUUUUCUGUUCUGUCUUUUGUUUGUUUGUAGGUGAGCGUGGCAGCUAAGAUGGCCCAGCGCAUGUCAUUUGGCUUCUAUAAGUACAACAACAUGGAGUUUGUCAGGAUGAAGGGACCGCAGGGCAAAGGUCACGCUGAGAUGGCAGUGAGCCGGGUCCCGACCGGAGACACCUCCCCCUGCGGCACAGAGGAGGACCUGGACUCACCCCUACACGAGAGGGUGGGUAGAGUACAGGCCGCACACACACACAAGAAGAUUAGACACACACACACACACAAGAAGAUUAGACACACACACACACACACACACGAGAAGGUUAGACACACACACACACACACACACACACACGAGAAGAUUAGACACACACACACACACACACACACACACACACACACACACACACACACGAGAAGGUUAGACACACACAUGAGCCGGGUCCCGACCGGAGACACCUCCACUUCUAUUCUGUAACUUGUGUGUGUGUGUGCUCGUGUGUGUGUGUGUGUGUGUGCUCGUGUGUGUGUGUGUGUGUGUGUGUGCUUGCGUUUACCACACAGGAAAUAGACGAUAUAUGAUUGAUUGUAUCUUCAGUCCCAGAUGGUCUCCAUGUCUGAGAUACUGUCACCCUUUAACUGGCGUUUAGUCUGAUGGCCACUAGAGUUGGGGACAUCAGAGACUGGAUUUAACUGGCGUUUAGUCUGAUGGCCACUAGAGUUGGGGACAUCAGAGACUGGAUUUAACUGGCGUUUAGUCUGAUGGCCACUAGAGUUGGGGACAGCAGAGACUGGAUUUAACUGGCGUUUAGUCUGAUGGCCACUAGAGUUGGGGACAUCAGAGACUGGAUUUAACUGGCGUUUAGUCUGAUGGCCACUAGAGUUGGGGACAUCAGAGACUGGAUUUAACUGAGGUUCUGAUGGCCACUAGAGUUGUGGACAUCAGAGACUGGAUUUAACUGAGGUUCUGAUGUUCACUAGAGUUGUGGAGGCAAGAAUGGAAUGACUUAAAACGUGUUCUGGCACGGUCCGUGUUACACAAAACCCACUCUAUUAAAGAUCAAUGACUAUGUAGCAACAUGGCAGUAGAGUAUGUUAUUAUUUCAGUUACUAUGGUAGGAUCGUGUUCUUCCUCUUGGUACGAUUAGAUAUGUUCUGAUUGGCUGUCUGUGUGUUCUCUCCGUAGUAGGUUGGUUCUGAUUGGCUGUCUGUGUGUUCUCUCCGUAGUAGGUUGGUUGUGAUUGGCUGUCUGUGUGUUCUCUCUGUAGUAGGUUGGUUGUGAUUGGCUGUCUGUGUGUUCUCUCCGUAGUAGGUUGGUUCUGAUUGGCUGUCUGUGUGUUCUCUCUGUAGUAGGUUGGUUGUGAUUGGCUGUCUGUGUGUUCUCUCUGUAGUAGGUUGGUUGUGAUUGGCUGUCUGUGUGUUCUCUCCGUAGUAGGUUGGUUCUGAUUGGCUGUCUGUGUGUUCUCUCCGUAGUAGGUUGGUUGUGAUUGCCUUUCUGUGUUCUCUCUGUAGUACGUUGGUUGUGAUUGGCUAUCUGUGUUGUUUGGUCAGGUGACGUCGUUCAGCACCCCUCCCACCCCGGAGAGGACCCGCCCCUCAUUCUUCUCCCCGUCUCUCCGGAGGAAGGUCCCCAGGAACCGUAUCGCUGAGAUGAAGAAGAGCCACUCAGCCAACGAUAGUGAAGAGCUCUUCAGGGAAGAGGAUGACGAGGGUAACAAUAUUCCUAUACCCCAACACCCCAGUAAAACCCAACCCUACUUCCUACCCCAACACCACAGUAAAACCCAACCCUACUUCCUACCCCAACACCCCAGUAAAACCCAACCCUACUUCCUACCCCAACACCCCAGUAAAACCCAACCCUACUUCCUACCCCAACACCCCAGUAAAACCCAACCCUACUUCCUACCCCAACACCCCAGUAAAACCCAACCCUACCCAACACCCCAGUAAAACCCAACCCUACUUCCUACCCCAACACCCCAGUAAAACCCAACCCUACUUCCUACCCCAACACCCCAGUAAAACCCAACCCUACCCCAACACCCCAGUAAAACCCAACACCCCAGUAAAACCCAACCCUACCCCAACACCCCAGUAAACCCCAACACCCCAGUAAAACCCAACCCUACUUCCUACCCCAACACCCCAGUAAAACCCAACCCUAAUUCCUACCCUACUGACCUUAGCAGAGCAGUGAAAACGGUUACAUUGAAAUGUCCAAAACCCUUUCAACCCCAGUGUGUAAAGUGUUUUAUUAAAUCAUUUUUGUACACUUGGUAAAAAAAAAAAGAGAUUCUAGAGAUUUGCAGGUAAAGAGAGGCAAGUGAUCUAACCCGGAGAGAGAGAGAGAUCUAACCCUGAGAGAGAGAUCUAACCCUGAGAGAGAGAGAGAGAGAGAGAUCUAACCCUGAGAGAGAGAGAGAGAGAGAGAUCUAACCCUGAGAGAGAGAGAUCUAACCCUGAGAGAGAGAGAGAGAGGGAGAGAGAGAGAUCUAACCGAGAGAGAGAGAUCUAACCCCGAGAGAGAGAGAGAGAUCUAACCCUGAGAGAGAGAGAGAGAUCUAACCCUGAGAGAGAGAGAGAUCUAACCCUGAGAGAGUUAGAGAGAGUUGGAGAUGAAUGAUUGCCCUGUUUGUGUUGAUGAAGAGAGUGUAUGUAAUGUUUAGUAGUCUUGGUUCAUUCUGACCUGGUAGAGAGAAGCUGGCUAACUGUAGCUGCAGAAAUAGGGAGAAAGAUAUUCUAGUUGCCCUGGCUGGAAGAGAUGAACUAUAACCUGUAUCAUGUUACCCUGGAUGUGUUGCAGAGAGAGUGUAUAACCUGUAUCACGUUACCCUGGAUGUGUUGAAGAGAGAGUGUAUAACCUGUAUCAUGUUACCCUGGAUGUGUUGAAGAGAGAGUGUAUAACCUAUAACCUGUAUCAUGUUACCCUGGAUGUGUUGAAGAGAGAGUGUAUAACCUGUAUCAUGUUACCCUGGAUGUGUUGAAGAGAGAGUGUAUAACCUGUAUCAUGUUACCCUGGAUGUAUUGAAGAGAGAGUGUAUAACCUGUAUCAUGUUACCCUGGAUGUGUUGAAGAGAGAGUGUAUAACCUGUAUCAUGUUACCCUGGAUGUGUUGAAGAGAGAGUGUAUAACCUGUAUCAUGUUACCCUGGAUGUGUUGAAGAGAGAGUGUAUAACCUGUAUCAUGUUACCCUGGAUGUGUUGAAGAGAGAGUGUAUAACCUGUAUCAUGUUACCCUGGAUGUGUUGAAGAGAGAGUGUAUAACCUGUAUCAUGUUACCCUGGAUGUGUUGAAGAGAGAGUGUAUAACCUGUAUCACUGUGUCCCCAUGCAGACCUGUGUAACCAGUCCAACCUGCGGUCUCGCUCCCUGUCGGGUACAGGUCGAUCCCUGGUGGGAUCUUGGCUCAAACUGAACCGUACAGACGAGUACUUCCUGCUUUACUCCCACCUGACCUACGUCACCCUGCCGCUGCACCGUAUCACCUCAGGUCAAAGACGCACACGCCAUCGGUCCCAAAUGGUUUCCUGUUCCCCCGUUAGUCACAAGCACAAUUUGAAAGAUGUUAAUGAGUUACUGUUCAUAGAAGGAAAUCAGUCAAUUGAAAUAAAUUCAUUAGGCCCUAAUCUGUGGAUUUCACAUGACUGGGCAGGGGCGCAGCCAUGGGUGGGCCUGGGAGGGCAUAGGCCCACCCACUGGGGAGCCAGAACCAGCCAAUCAGAAUUAGUUUUUCCCCACACAAGGGCUUUAUUACAGACAGAAAUACUCCUCAGCUGACUGCUCAUUUCUUUUUUAUGUUAUUGUAAACUGCUGACUGAUUUUUGUUGUUGUUGUCUGUCAUCAGAUAUCCUGGAGGUGAGACAAAAGCCCAUCCUGAUGACAUAGCAGAUCAGAUCAGAGCUCCAGUCCUCCUCCAACUGCCCCAGAGCCUCCCUACCAAGAGCCUACCUGCAUCAGGCCCUGACUGACACCACUACAACCCAGUGGCGAGAUGGAGAACUACAGCAACACUACCGCCAUCUGGUGGUGACAUGGAGGAAUUACAGCGACACUACCGCCAUCUGGUGG